UGUCGCAGGCCGUAAAACUGCUUUACCAGGCGUAGAUAAGCCUGUUUUCCCUAGACAACGACCAUUUAAAGGGCCAGUAGGAGCAUUUGUAAGAGCUGUGAGGGAUGUCGCAAGUAAAAAAAAUACUUUAACAGGCGUAGAUAAGGCUGUUCCCCAUAGGCAACGAACACUUACAGGGCCAGUAGGAACAUUGAUAAGAGCUGUGAGGGGUGUCGCAGGUAGAAAAAAAUGCUUUACCAGGCGUAGAUAAGCCUGUUUCCCCUAGACAACGAGCAUUUAAAGGGCCAGUAGGAUCAUUGAUAACGCUUAAUAGAGGAUUGGCACACAUUAGACUAGGGCAUAUGCAUUUAAGGUCUAGCUUUAGGAAAAGGCUGUUAGCUAGGAAUAUGGUUGGGGAUCAAAAUGUUGGGGUCAGGUUUACUGAGGUGGAGGCUGGGGGGUCCGCUGGGACACCUGUUUCUGUCUGUGGUGCUCCCUCUGUUUUUUCUGUUUCACAGGUGGAAAAUAAUAGGAGUGCAAUGGGGGCGUCGAAAGGCAGACCAGCGGCUGGUGAGCUGGUUAUGGUGGGUGCAUUCGAAUCCUCGCAGACCGGGAUGGCGGCAGCCGGAGUGGUAUCGGGAGCUGGAAACGGUGAGCUUACACUUUCACAGCACACUAUCAGGGUUUUGCGGGAGAGGGCUCACACGCCAAUGAAACUUGGGGCAAUUUUCGGAGCGCUUAGGGAUUACCCGGAUAGGGAGAUGGCGGAAUUUUUACAGGCAGGUUUAGCUUAUGGUUUUAGAAUACCAGUUAGGAAAUUAGUUUGCCUCCCAUUUGCGGUUCACAAUUUAAAAUCAGCGUACCAGUUUCCGGAAGUCUUGCAAGAAAAGAUAGAUAAGGAGGUUAGAUUAGGUAGAAUGGCGGGACCUUUUUUGUCCCCUCCGCUAGAAAAUUUGGUGGUGUCCCCAUUGGGCAUUGUGCCCAAGAGGGAACCGGGGAAGUUUAGACUAAUUCAGCAUCUGUCACACCCGAAAGGGAAUUCGUUGAACAAUGCGCUGGAUGAGGCUGACACGUCAGUGGCCUAUCAAUCCUUUGAAUCGGCAUUAGCUAUUGUAAGGAGUUUAGGGGGGGAGGCAGAGAUGGCUAAAGUAGACAUCGAAUCUGCAUUUCGGCUUUUACCGAUACAUCCAGAUAGUUUUCAUUUGAUGGGUUGCAGGGCGGGGGGAUGGUACUAUGUGGACCGCUGCCUGCUGAUGGGAUGUGCCAUCUCUUGUGCAUAUUUUGAACGCUUUAGUUCAUUUCUUCAUUGGGCAGUAGUACGCAGGUCUGGCCUAGGUCAGGUGGCUCAUUACCUGGAUGACUUUCUGUUCUUAGGGUCUGCAGGGUCUGGCGAAUGCGCUUACAUCUUAGGGACGAUGCAAUCUCUGAUUUGCUGAUUUGCGGGUAUGGUUGUGUCUUUUUGAAAUACUUUAAUGGGGUUAGGAUCUGGAGGGCUCCUCCGGUUUCCAGUAGAGGGUUACAUCUGUACACGGACGCUGCGGGUAGUGCAGGUUUUGGGGCAUAUUUUGAUGGCAUGUGGUGUUCUUCACCUUGGCCGCAGGAUUGGUGCAGCGCAGGUAUAGUUAGGAAUUUGACCCUCUUGGAGUUAUUCCCUAUCUUAGUUGCUGUUGAGUUAUGGUGGGAAAAGUUACAGAAUAGAGCGGUAGUUUUUUGGUGCGACAAUCAAAGCGUGGUUUAUGCUAUUAAUGGGCUUUCCGCUAGUUCUCCACCCGUGGUGAAUGUUCUAAGGCAAAUAGUGCUUAGAUGUUUGAGGCAUAACAUUGUGUUUAGCGCUAGACAUGUCCCAGGGGUUCAGAAUGAAAUCGCUGAUGCUCUUUCUCGGUUUAAGUGGGAGAAGUUUAGGGAACUAGCACCAGAGGCAGAGGUCAGGGGUAACGAGUGUCCAACAUAUCUCUGGCAGGUCGUGAGUGUGGGAGAGCUGUGCUAAGGCUGUUGAAGGGUUUGCUAGUACCUAGGUCUAGGCGGACAUACAGUGUAGCUUGGCGUGAGUGGGGUAACUUUUAAAAGCUCUUUGAAGUGAUUGGGUAGUGUAAUACUAAACUUCUCUGGGAACAGGCUUAUUGAGAGGACACGUUAGAUUAGUUGAACAGGCAGUUCCAGUGUUUGUGGAUAGAUCUAAAACAGAGCAGGUGAGGAAGGGUAGAUGGUCCAAUUUGCAAUCGCAGGUGGGGCCAUCAAUAUGCGCAGUUUUGUUUAAAAUAAAAAAUUAAAAUUAAAAAAAGAGGCAAUCAGGCAUGGGGUAGAUGGGUGGUUUUAGUGCGAGGGGAUGGGUUCCUUUUAUCAUCAGUUUCAGGUUAAAAACGGAGGGGGAGAUCAAGGCUAUGGGGCUUUGGUCUGAGGGGCAGUUGAAGAAAUAUAUCAGGCCUUUGAAGCAGUGGUAGGUUGGAGGGAGCACUAGUGGUUUAUCAAAGGUUAGCGGCUGUGAUGCUUUAGAAUUUGGGGUAGCCUGGACCCUAUUGUUGGUUGGUGUUUUUUUGCAGGUCAGAAGAUGGGAUGCAGAAGAAUUUGGAUGGUGGGCCACUCAUAUAAGUUGGGAGGCCAUUCGGGCAGCAUCCCAGACAGUGGUCAGCAGUUAGGUUUAUUGGCUGAAGAAGUGUCAAUUAGGUGGUUGGUUUGGAGGGGCGUGUUGUGGUAACAUCUGCCCGAGUUGGUUUCUGAAACCAGAAGGUGAUGGGGCAGGCCUCAUGUUAGGCUCCUAAAGGGUUUCCGAGUGAGGAGGAAACUACAUGGGGUGGUCAGUAAGAAGGUGCUGACUUCAAGGGGGAAGGUGGUUAUGCAUGACAAUAGUCGUAUUGAUCAUGGUGGAUUGUUUAGGAAGGAUCAGGUGCAUUUGUCCGAUAGAGGAACUAAUUUGUUCCUGGAAAAUAUUAGGCAGGUCCUGGCUUCAGGUGAGGAUUGGUGGGGCAAGAGUACCUUGUCCUCUUUUUGGGUGGCAGAAAGGGGUGUGGCAUAAAAUUCCAAUUGGCCGGUAGCAUCAUAGAAGGAAAGUACAGCGGGCGUUCAGGACCCUAGUCACAGGGGGCUAGGGAUAGGUCGGCUCGCUGGUCAAUCUUCCUUGGGCGGAGACGUAGGCGGAAUGAGGGCGUCCUCAUUCCCAGGGCGGCCACACCCCUUAGAGGGUUAAUUAGGACAAGAUCAUCUUGCCAGCUGGGUAGCGAUGCAGUAUUAAAGUUAUUUAUUUACUUAGUUAAUAAAGCAACCCCUCCCCCCGUUGGGGAGGGGUUUUUUUCUCCCAACUUUGAGUGUUGUGUCUUUAUUGCAUAUAUGUAAGUUUGGUAUUGUGUAGGGUUGGUAUUAUGUUGACUGAACUUAGCUAAAAAAUUUAAACCCUUAGGAAAAGUGGAAGACCUAUUUAGGGAUGUAACAAGUUAAGGGUUAAUUUUUUGAAAGGAAGGAGAAAAUGGGAUUGUGUUAAAGGAAGUGUUCCCUGCAGGGCAGGGGGAGGGAGCUUAGGAGGAGGAGAUUCAGAGCUGAUAAUAGAGCUGCAGAACUGAAAGUAAAACCACUAACCUGUUUCUUGUCUUCCCUCCCAGCCCUCCCUGUUUGUUUGUUGUUCAAUGUUGUUCUUUUACAGGUUCUGAAGCAGAUGGAGGUGUUUUUUUCUCCCAACUUUGAGUGUUGUGUCUUUAUUGCAUAUAUGUAAGUUUGGUAUUGUGUAG